CCAAGCCCACGAGGCCAAGAGCCCAAGACUCGUUAGGGCAAAAGCCUACUCGAAAGGCUUGGUCUCCUCUCGUUCGUCAACCCGCAGUCACGCACGGUCGCACAGGGGCACAGGGCACGAGCACGGAAUCCUCGCCUCCUCGGUCACCCCAGUCCCCGCCGCCGCCGCCGUCCCUCCGUCCUCCGGCCGCCGCUGCCGACCCCCGGAACCGGAUCCAGCCGCAGACCCGCAGUCCGUCCGCAGCAUCCUUUGUUGAUAUGGGGAAGCUGAAGCCCGUCUCUGCGACAGCUACUCCUCGAGGUCAGAAGAGGCGGCGGGACAGGCCCAAAGGGCCAGUUCUUGACUCCAGUCUGCGAGACUCUUCUUCAGCUGGGCCUGCUCGGCGUGAGAAACAAUCAAAUGGAAGCUCUCAAGGACGAGAUCACAGUGAUGAAGAUGUCUUAACAGAUGAUUGCAGUGUUUCCAGUGAAGAUGAGGCAGAUGAUAUGAUAAGAAAUAAAAAUGAUGCUUUUGAUGAAAUGGAGUCUUCAUGUUCAUUUCAGCGUCAUGUUAGUCGCAUACUAACAAUUGACGAAGUCAAGGCACUAGCGAAGCAGAAGAGUAAAUUUAAAUGGGAAAUGCCUGCAGAGGAUAUUCCAAAAUCCAAAUGGGUAGGAACAGGCGAAAGAAUACAGGAAGCUUAUGAUGAUCUUGUUGAUGUCAAAGGAAAGCUGAGGGACCAUUGGGAAAAAACCCUCUCUGAUAACUUCAAUUCAAGAUUGAGGUUCUUCUCACUUUGUAAUAGUUAUCGUGACAUAAUGCAUUGUAAUAAGAAGCCAUUUUAUCUUAAGGGUAGUAAGGUGGAUUCCAGUACUAUGGAUGCAUAUCUUAUGCAUGCUUUGAAUCACAUUCAGAGAACAAGAGAUGUUGUCAUUAAAAAUGACGCAAAGCUUAGAAAUGAUGCUGACACCGAUAUUUUGGAUGAUAACUCAUAUCGUGAUCAGGGUUUUACACGUCCAAAGGUUCUUUUCUUGUUACCUCUCAAAAGCAUGGCACGGCGCCUCGUAAAGAGAUUAAUCCAAUUAUCCCCACUGACACAAAAGGACAAUGCCAUGGGACAUUUCAAAAAAGAGUUUGGCGAAUCAGAUGAUGAGGACGAGCCUGAAAAUCCUUCGAAACCCGCUGACUUUAACCUUCUUUUCGCUGGAGAUGUUGAAGAUCACUUUCUUUUUGGGAUAAAAUAUACAAAGAAAUCCAUUAAGCUGUACAGUAACUUCUAUGCUUCUGAUAUCAUAGUUGCAUCUCCUUUAGCGCUUAAACUGAAAAUCGACGGAGGUGAAGAUAUCAAGAAAAAGGGAAGUGCCAAGGAAGAUUCUGAUUUCCUGUCAUCAAUCGAAAUAGUGGUGGUUGAUCAUGCAGACGUGAUAUCUAUGCAGAAUUGGUCGCAUCUGCAUGCUGUUCUUGAACAACUCAAUCAUUUACCGUCAAAAGAACAUGUAGCCAGUGUGAUGCGGAUUAGGCCAUGGUACCUGGAUGAGCAAGCACGGUACUAUCGGCAAACAAUAAUCUUGAGCUCGUAUCUUACACCAGAGAUGAAUGCUCUAUUCAAUGGAUUAUGCUUAAAUUAUGAAGGGAAGGUUAAGCUGGUGACUGAGUUUACAGGCGUUCUUCCCAAAAUACAGCUUGAGUUACGGCAGGUGUAUGAACGGUUCGAUGCAUCUUCUAUUGGUGAAUCUGAGGAUGCCCGCUUUGAUUAUUUCUGCACAAAGGUGUACCCUAAGAUUCAGGAGUCUGAUGAGGGUGGAGUGUUGCUAUUAGUCAGUUCCUAUUUUGAAUAUAUUAGGAUAAGCAAUUUCUUAAAAUCUCAGGAGGCGUCUUUCUGUAGAAUUGGGGAGGCUACAUCGCAACAGGAUAUAUCUCGUUCAAGGCUCUGGUUUUUUGAGGGCCAGAAGAAGAUCUUGCUUUAUAGUGAGAGAUCCCACUUCUUCCACAGAUAUAAGAUCAGGGGAGCACAUCACUUGGUUAUCUACUCAUUGCCAGGAAGGAAAGAUUUCUAUCCAGAGCUUGUAAGUAUGCUUGGUGAAUCUGCAAACCCGAAGUGCAAUGUCCUUUUUUCUCGUUUGGACCUUCUUAAGUUGGAGCGAAUUGUUGGAACAUCUUCUGCACGGAGGCUGAUUUCUUCGGACAAGAGCAUGUUCGUCUUCUGCUGAUUUAUGUGUGACCCUCCAGGCCCUGCAUGAAAUAUUGGGACACAAGACGAGAAUGUAUUGCUUACCGCAUUCCAGGGCCUGCCUAAAAUUUUGGAAUACAAGAUAAAAUAUAUUAACCAGAAAUCCAUUUUAGUUGGGCCGAAAGGUUAUUUUUUUGUAACACUUGUAGUGAAUUCUAUAGAGAGCUAUUUCUUCCAGAUUUGUUUUUUCCUGAUUAGGUUUUUGCCAAGAUGUCUUCGAUUGAUAAUUUUUAGGAACGGUGUUAAGAUGUACUCCUUCCGUUCCAUAAUUUUUGUCAAAACAUUACAUGUAUCUAGACAUUUUUAUGAAUAGAUAUAUCCAUUUUUGUUCAAA